AUGGGUUUCCGGGAAUUCGAACUCACUGAUGGUGUCUGUAACUGGCUCUACCACAAUGACAUUAACGAGGUGCACUGGCCGCCAGCUCACAUCCCCCGGUCGUGCACAAUCCAAAUUCUGUCCGUCAAACGAGCAGGUGAACCGCCCAAAUUUCGGAUAACCAUAUCGGAUGGUGCCAACAUCAUCCAAGCCGUGUUGCGGGACUCCCUCAACAACUUGGUAGACAGCGGUCGAAUUCGCAAGGGCGCCGUCGUUAGCUUCAGCUGCGUGUCGUCGGACUUCUUACGGGGGAAGCGACUCGUGAUCAUCCACACGAUUGAUAGCGUGCUCACAAGCGAAGUAGAAAAAAUUGGGGAUCCCACAUUCCUCCCUCCACCAAGUUCUGUAGCGAGCGGGAUCGCUCGGGAUGCUGCGAUGGCGGGAUCAAACAUUCCGGCCGAAUUGAACCCAGCGCGCACACAGCCAUCGUACCAGCCACAGGCCGGCCCCUCCAGGAUCACACAGCCGGAGCCUCGCACUCGCGCUCAGGUUCCUGCGACUGGAUCGCAAGCCAGUACCUCUCGCGAGCUCAUCACCGUGCCCAUCGCCUCCCUCAACUCCUACUCAGCCAAUUGGACAAUCAAAGCAAAGAUCGUCAGUAAAUCUGACAUCAUCACUUCCAAGAACUCGAACAAUCUCUUCUUCGUCGAACUGGUGGAUGAUCGUCGUGAUGGCCGCAGCCAGAGUCAGACAACAAUCAAAGCGAUGGUCGUGAAUAGAGUGGACGAGUUGCACGGGAGCAUGCGAGAGGGUCAGAUUUAUUAUGUUUCUGGUGCAAAAUUGGAAAAGGUAGACGAACGAUAUCGUCGCCCGAACGGGCAUGAUUUCAACCUUGUGUUUAAUCGGGGAACGAAGCUUGAGUUGUGCGCUGACGCCCCGCCGCCAGCACCGCUCACAUACAACUUCGUGCCCAUCAAUUCGGUACCCCAACUGCCCACAGGGUCAACAUGCGAUAUCCUCGGCGUACUCUACAAGUGUGACCCGGUGAAAGAACAAGAGUCCGCGAAAGGAAAGUUCAAGCUACGAUAUCUUACAAUCGUCGACAAGUCCCGCGCAUCCGUGCGCGUCACCCUCUUCCGUGGGGCGGCAGAAAAAUUCGAAGCUGACGAAGAGGAAAUCAUCGCGUUCAAAGGGCUAGAAGUACAGGACUUCCGCGGCGUCUGUCUGCAACUCAGCUCUUCAAGCUCGAUGACUAUCCACCCUGAUCUGACUGAAGCGUCUGACUUGCGCGGAUGGUACGACUCACUGGGGUCCUCCCAAAGCUUCCACCCCUGCAGUUCCGCAUCCGCCUCCGGCCUGCGCAGCGCCGGCAAUUCCCCCCAGAAGCAAAAUCAAAGGCAAAAUCCAAACGGCGUCAAUAACACGGAUGGCGACUCUAUAGGUGGAUUGUCGCCAGCUAGGCCGCUGACGAUCAGGCAAGUUCUCGACGAGGAAUACUUGUCCAUGCCCGAAUCGCAGUCGCAGUCGGCAGGCCGAUACGGAGGCGGGAAGAAGGGGCCGAAGUUCUCCUUGCAAGCCACGGUUGUGUGGAUUGACCCAAGCAGGGUGACGUACCCCGGGUGCCCGACGUGCUUGAAGAAGGUUGAGCGCAAGGACGGGAGCUGGGUGUGUCCAAGGAGGCAUACGUCUGCUGAACCGAGCUAUCGGUACCUAAUGUACCUCAAAAUCGCCGACCCCUCUGGAGAAAUUGAAUUGCAGACAUUCGAUCAGACCGGGAAAGCCCUCUUGGGUACUUCUGCGAACGAGCUCGAACACCUCCGCCACACACCCGGCUUGUUGCCCCAGUUUCAAGCUAUCUUGCGGGCAACGUGUUCGCGGGAGUUCACGUUCGAGUGCCACAUUGAUCAGUAUGAUGGUAGGACUAAGUAUGUGAUCGACCAGGCGAUGCCGCUCGACUAUGCUAACGAAGCGGACCAAUUGUUGACUCUUCUUCGUUCGCGCUGGGCUACAAGUAAGUAA